ACAUGAAUAAGUGGGCUUGUGUUAAAUAAGGGGUCUUAAUGAGUUUGGGCUGUGUGUAGUAUCAAUUAUUACAAUUUUAGGUUUUCAGCCUCGCUAUCUAAAGAAAGGAACAAGGCCAAGGCCCAGUUAGUGAUAGCCCAACAAGGCAAAAUCAGGAAACUAGAGGCUGCAUUUGUGUUCGAGCUGCGAUUCGAACUGACGAACGCGACUUUACCUAUCAAACCCACGACCAUCUGAACUAUUACGUUUUCAUUCUCGAUCUGUCUACUUGUUUAUAUCCUAUAUCUGCUGCUGACGCCCUCUCCCUCUCUCUCUCUCACAGAAACCCUAGCCGUGCGUGAUGGUGGUAUACUCUACAGUAUACAGGUAGAUAUCACUGUUGGAGUUGCACUCAACAUGGAUGAUCUUGAUUUUGAGCCUACUGGACCUGUUCGUGUUGCUGGCAGAUUUCGGCCCAAGGCAAAGCCCAAGUCUACGAAAGUAGCGUGCACAGCAGCUGCUUCUGAUCUCCCUAAUGUUGUAACAGAAAAUUCCAUCCCAGUGUCUAGCACUGUCUCGGAUACUGUCCCAUCUGCUAUAUCUGUUGAUGUUGGAGAGCUUAAACUGACGCAUCCGGUUGGUUCGUCCUCAGAGAUCUCAGGAAGCCUAGAGCUAUCAGGAAACAAUGAGCAUUUAUGCUCAAGUGUCCUGUCCUUUGAUGGUGACAGAGCUACCAAGCCUUCCGAAUCAGCUGCAGCAGAUACUUUGCAACAAUCAGUUAUGGUAGCAGCUUCUAAUGGUAGCGACGGUUCACACUCUGUCUUUGGAAAAUCAGCCGGUGAGAAUGCAGACAUAUUCUCAGGAUUGGAAUGUCUUGACAAUUUCCUCACCCAAACUACAAGUGGUACUGUGCCCGCUUCUGGAAAAUCCCCUGACAAGGUCAAUGGGGAAAAGUGUGGUGCUCCAACACAUUGUUCUAUAGAAUCUUCAGCAUUCUUAGCAUGUGAUGUUGCAGACGCUCAAACUGUUUCUGAUUUUUGUGCAACCCAAGAUCCAGUAUCCUGCACAGAAGCUGCUAUGUCCAACAAACAUGGUGAAUUCCGGUUAGAAACAAAGGAGUUUGAAGCUUUAGAUGAUGUGUCUGAGGCUCCCAUUUCAACUGGACGCCAUGCUGGAAAAUUUCAACCCAAGCUUCAAGUGAAGAAAGGAAAAGAGAAUCCAAACAUCCCUCACUCUGAAGUUGAGUCCACCACACUUGCAGCUUGUGAAAAUUUCGGAACGGGUGAAAUGGAUGACAGCUCACUUUGUACCAUUCCGCCAGGAGAUGUUCAUGAUCACAUAUCUCCCACUUUUGGUGAUUCUAUAGCCCCAAAUCCAACCCCCAAUUUCCAAGAAAAUGCAGAAAGCCUUGCAGAAAUUACUCAGUUAGAUGAGGCUGUUUUUGGGGAUGCUGCCCAUUCAGAGGGUGUUUGUGGGAGGGGUCACAAGAGUGGAAAUGGAAAAGAGUCUACAGCAUCAAAUCAUCCUCAGAAGCGCAAAGGUUCAGCAGCUGAUGAGGCUAAAGAUGGGACAUCAUCCAGGAAGUCAAGGAAGCGGUUACCCCGUCAACAAGUUGAUGAGCCAGGGAACAAUACUAAUGAGGACAGCUUCAUUGCUGAAAAUUCUAAUGAUUUUGAUGGCAAUGAAGAUAAGAAGCAUAAUACAGAACGGAGAAAAAGAGCCCCAAGAAAGUCCAAGAUACCUGCAUCUGAAAAUGAAAAACCAGUUCAAAAGCGCAAAAGGACCAAGAAAGCACCUGAUGAACCAACCGAAGAACUGACCAAAAAGAAGUUCUCCCAUUCAACUCGUAGAAAUAGAAGACAUGUGGACAAGUCUUUGCUCGAAAUCCCAGAGGAUGACAUUGAUCCUCAAAAAGUGCCUAUGAAGGAUCUUAUUCGGCUAAGAGAGUAUAGGGAGCGCUUGGCGAUUAAAGAGGCAGCCAAGUUGAAAACUCCAGCGUCCAAUCAAAGUGCUUAUGAUGAGUUUCAUAAUGAAGAGGAGAACUUUGGUUUCGAACAGGACAGAAGCUCUGGUGAAGAUCAAGCAGGUUACAGGGAUAGGGUUAGCACAAGUUCCUCUAGCUUCAAUUACCAGUCCUUUAUGAACAAAGAACGCCCUUCAAAAUGGAAUGAACAAGACACGGAACUUUUCUAUGAGGGUAUUGAGCAGUUCGGAUCCGAUUUUGGUAUGAUCGCACAACUUUUUCCUGGUCGAACACGUAAUCAAAUCAAGUUGAAGUUCAAGAAGGAAGAUCGUCAAAAUCCAAUACGUAUGAAUGAAGCCUUUCGCCGUCAUUCCAAAGACAAUUCCAAAUAUGUUUUGGUGAUUAAUGAGCUGCAAAAAGUUGCUCGGGAAAAGCAGGAGUCUAACGCAGAUGAGUCGAAUGACCAGGAGGAGGUAGAGCUGACUCAUGAUAACGAUGGGGGAGUGACAAAACCUGAGUGGGAUAAAAUUGAAGAUAUGGAAACCGAUGUUGCUGCCGAAGUUCAGCAGGAGGAAGCUGCUGUUGUUCAUAGUCCCAUGAAGUCUGAUCAAAUUGAUGGUGGUGACAGUUUCAGCGGUUGGGAUGAUGAUUUUUAGUGUACAGAGUAUCUUACAAGAAAAUUAAAUACAUCAUUGGAACUGCAUUCACUGGUAGACAUUCACAGAUCACAUUUCGACUAUGGGGCAUGUGGAGAUAGAAUUCAUUUAUUGAGAAACCAGCAACAGUUGCGGAAGAACUGGCAAGAAUGGGACACCUCAGGCCCAAAUCUGUGAAGAAAAUAUCAGCUUAAUUAGGUGUUCCUAGGAGAUUGUGACUCUUUUCUUAGCAAAAUUAUUCGGCAAUGCUAUUCCCAUCCCCACAAGUUUUUAAUUUGGAAUAGGGGAUGACAAAUUUAAUUGAUGUAGAAUUCAUAGCUGUUGCCAAUAAAUUGCUAAGAGAUAUGAUUAGUAUACAUUGGAAAUUCACUUAGAAGUGUAAGUAUCACAAAUAUAAAAUCAAAAUAUUGAAAAUGUCUUCUUA